UAAUUAUCUGUGCGUCAAAUUGACAUUGAUUGCCGCAGACAGAAGCUGCCUGAUUGCAGGCAGUUUGAGUUUCUUUGAAAUUUAGAAAUAUCGAUUUGGAAGGAAAUUGAGUGAAGUGGAAAUAUGGGAAAUAUAAAAUCUUAAAUGACGUUUUACAAGACAACGUUGUUAUUGUGAGUAAUAGGUCGUUUCUUGUUCAUCGAAAUGGUGAUACAAAAGAAUUGGAAUAACGUCGAAGCGUCGCCUCAGAAUCCUACUCCUGAGAGUACCCCCAGUAGCUCAUGGAACUUCCAGCCCCCAAUUCGGAUGAUAACUGUUCGUGCUAGUGAUACAGUCAAUAUGCAGAAACAACCCAUAACUCGCCAGAUUGCUAUCAAUACCCUUGCAGCCAUGCAUAGGAGGUUUAGUCUGCCAGGACCUGUGCAGCCACAUUCCAGACCUAUAGCAGAAUUCCGCGCAAGUGCCAAUAAGUCUUUGGACAUGUUGAGGCAAACUAUACAAUCAGCAGUCACUAGAGAGAUUGAUCAAGUUAUAAAAAAAUAUCUUGAGAAAUUCUUUGUACCUGCUGUAAAUAACAUAAGACUUAAUCUGGGAGAUGAAUCAGUCAGUGAAGACCAAGUCCGGGCUGUGUGUAGAGCUAUGUUGGAUGCCACUCGUCUGUUGUACACUACUCCCACUCGUCCAGUAGCAUCACCUUACGAGACCAGUGAUUCGGAAUCCAGCAACGGUGCUGAUACUAAAUUUUCUAAACAAAAUAAUUUGCAAAGUCCAUCACAGAACAAGCGUAAAGAGUCGGAGGCAGAUAUGGACAUGGGUAUAAAACGUAAGAAGAUAAAGGAAGAGAAUCCAGAUAGUGGUUCGUCUUCUCCACUUCCCUCGCCAGCUCUGAGAGACCCUGAGAAAUGGAACCCAGCCAGGUUGACACAGGAUACAUUGUUCAUUAUGGGGUCUCACGCUCAUAAGGUACUGGGGCUGGGUAAUUCCCGAGGUCGUCUGUACACUAGACACGCAGGUCUUCUCAGGUAUCCUGCCGAUACCGCCGACAAGGAAUGGAUAGCCAGUCAUAACCUAGUCAAUGCCGUGGGCGGGAAGACUUAUAUUAUGGUUUUAGAAGAUAUUGAAGAAUUGGCGAACAGUGAAGCUUAUAAGCAUAGCUCCUUACCGAUGCUUGGAGAAUUGACAGGAUUCAAGGUUCCCCCUUUUAUGUUACGCAAAAUAAAAACCUACGUACUUAAGCGUUCUUUGAGCGCCGAUAACGCUGAGAGCCCCCAACCCACCACUAGUACAUUUGAGGACAAACUAUUAGAUGAAAUUAAGAUGGAACCUUCACAUGAUAACUACGACAAUUUUAACGCAAGUCAGUAUACUGAUAAUACAAGAGAUUUUGCUGAUAUCGCUGAUAUUAAAGUUGAGGAUAUUGACGAUAUAAAAGUAGACGGCAUAAAGGUUGAAGACUUGGAUGAGAUAAAAGUUGAUGGUAUUAAAGUAGAAGAUUUAGAUGUAAACGAUAUCAAAGUUGAAAAUAUAAAUGAUAUUAACGUUGACGGUAUCAAAGUUGAAGAUAUAAAAUUGGAGAAUGACGAUGCGUUUUCUCUUUGUAAACAAAGUGAUGAUGAUCAAAGUAAUCUAGUGGAUGGUUUACUUGAGGCGGAUAUUGAAUUUCUAAGUAGAAAUCUUGGCAAUAUUGAAAGUGACGCGGACGCGAGGAAGACCAUUGAGAAAUUAACUGGGGCCAAUCCUGAUACUAUUACUUUAGUUGGCGAUGAAUUUGAUUUGGGAACAACAUUGAACACUAACAACUUUUCAGGCAGUCCGACAACAAAAUGUAUUACAGUGGCAUCGACGACCAGCGGGAUGAUUCAUAGCGUUCCCGUUGCGCACAUCGCGGCCCCGCCUCGGAUCACUGGCAGCACUGUCCACUACUACACCAGCUCCACUGUACCGCCGUCUACUCAGAGAACGAUACAUCAUCUCCCGCAGGCCACUGUGACCAUUCAGAGCAUUCCAGGGUCCACGUCACAGAUGAUUCGUGGGAUACCAAUCAACACGAAGAGCGGAACAUUCAGCACGGUGAUGUCCCAAGGUACCGCUAGCACAAUAAUCGGUUUCGGAACCAGGACUUCUAACGCGACCAUCAUCGGCACGCCUCAGUACGUCAACGUUACCUCGAAGUCAUUCCCAACUGGCAACAUUCUGCAUAAUGCCAUCGUGUCCCGCAACAUUAUCAAUCGUACAGCGACAACUUCAGGGGUCUCUUUCAACGUAAGGCCUUCCGUACACACAACGACCCCAAAAAAUAGUACCGUUGUUACUGCCAGUUCCGCUGACUUCGACAACAUAUCUACAACAAAAGAUAUGAUCGACAACGCGUGCAAUUCAUCAGUGAUGUUGAAGAAAGUGCUCACUUUAGGCAGUGCUGGCGGCGCUAAGUCGUUCAUGAUGCAUAAUACACAAAAGGUUUUAUCGACAGGUUUCGCUAACGGUGUAACGCCGCCUCCUAACGUCACUAUAGUGAGUUCAGGCUCGAGUGGUUUGCUCGGUAACGCCAAUGUUGGUCAUGCGACGUCAAACAUCAUGAGCCCAACUUCCGGCACUUUGAGUGCAACACACGCCACAUUGUCGGCCUUGUUGGCGUCAAAUGAUGGCAGUAAUCAGCCCUCUAAGAAUUAAGAUUAGGUAUUUUAUUCCUCUAUAAAUGUCGAUCUCUUAGAUUAGAUUCUAUUCUAGACUCUACAAAUAUAAAGCAUCUGAUAAAUUUUUCGAUUCACAAUGGUUCGAUUCAUAUUAAUCGCGUAGUUUUAGGCCAUGCUUUACAGUGAUAAAAAUGCCCCGCAGUAUUGCUAUUUAUGAAACUAGGUAAAAAUCUAUAAUAUAGUAUGUGAUGUGUAAAAUUAUGUUUGUUUUUGGACAAAAUUAGGUGGCGAAAACGUAAUGAAAGACCGUUAAUUGUUUACAUUGUUAAAUAUUAUCAAACAUAAUUUUACGCAAUUGAAAUAAUAGCAAUAAUUAAUAAAUUUAAUACUGAAAAGACGAUAUUGUCAACCGGAUAAGGCUGUUUGUUUUGUGAACUACUUGUACCUACAUAUAUAAAGUAUGAUCUCCAUAUUGUGAUUAUGAUAUACACAAAUUAUGUAUAUAGUGAGAGAUUGACGAAAAAUACUACUACCUAUUGCAAAAUUUAUUAUUACUAUAAAGUAUAGAAUGCGGACUUAUUCCUGCUAGAUUCAGGUGCGAACUGCAACUUUUACAAAUAUGGUGUAAAAUAUUUUAAUCAUGACUUGUUCACUAACCGUAGCCAGUUAAAAAGUGAAUAACUAAACGUAAACGUGCCACUGCGUAUAUUGAUAAUGGUUACAUUGAUAUGAUUUUCAAAAGGUUUUGUAGUGGCCGUACUGUGUUCGUACUAUUUCAUCUAAAAUCAAUUUAAUGUAGUAUAUUUCGUCAAACUCUACGACCGAUAAACUAUUUAUUUUUGUUAAUAAAUGAAACAGGUAUUUAACGCGCACGUAACGUUUAUCGUGGUCAGUCGCUCGAUGACAACGGAUCAUUGUAACAUGAUGCGAGAUAAAAUAAAGGCAUGUUACAUGCGCGAUUAAUACCUGUAUUAUUUAUAAAUAGUAUAAUGUAACGCAAAAGUUUGUGCCAAAGGACCAUGGUUAUCUUGAUCUAGUAUACCUCAUAAUAUCAUGCUUAUUAAAAAAUUAAAAUGUAGACUUAUUAGAAGAAGCUAAGCUUUCUCUUGCGGUUGUACUUUUCUCAAAUAUACUGCCAAAUAAGUGUGACUAGUUAAAUAGAUAUUAUGUGUAGUGUUGUGAAAUGUGAAGUUGUUAAACAUGAUUCGAUCAUUAUUUAUAAUUGAUAUUUAAGUCUUCGUUUUGGAUUGUUAUAAAUUCAGGAUUAUUACUAUUUUUGUAUGAAUUUUCUAGUUUUAACCAUUCUAUUGAAUGAUCUUGUAUUGUAUUGUUGCUUUGAGUUUACUGUAUACACAUUUUUUUUGUUUUGUGUAGUAGUAUAGAUUUGAUCCCCUUUAGUGACUACUGAGGCAAGGAGGUCGGAUUAUUUUUAAUAAUACAUUCGCCUAGAUAGUAUGACGCAUUCUCAAAUAGCAACAUUUACAGGUUUAUUAAUGAUGUCAUUGCCUAGACAUUUCUCUAGCACGAGACAUGAGGAUGGCUUUGUAACUAUAACUUAACAUUAUUUCUCUGGGCGGUAGAAAAUGCAGGUCGUUAAUUGCGAACUAAAAUGUGAACUAAUACGAAAUUUUAAAGACUAGCCCGCUCGUCAUUGGGUUGUCUUGAAUAUGGCGGAUGUAUUAUCUAUGUGAACAUUGUUUUAAGUUGGUGUGAAGGAAAGCUUGCCAAAUGCUUUUUUAAGUUAUUUUAUAUAUUUUUAUUUAUUAUUUUAGCUUUUUUUAAGGUGCAAUGCUUAACACGAGGCUUUAAUGUCCAAAGAUGCAAUAUUUUUUUGUACCUAUUAGCUAGCUUCCGUGCAAUUUUGUUAACGCUUGCAAUCUAGUGCUUUAAAAAUAGUGAAUUGUAAUUUUCUUCAAAGCGCUUUUUGUGCCAUUAUGUUUUUUUUCCAAUUGUUUUUUCAUUAUCUUAGCCUUAAGUGUUUUUGAUACAGUUUAGUGAGAUUUUGUGUUAUAUAUACUUAAGUACAAAUGAGAUUUCCCCAAUAGUUUGUAUAUUCAUCGGAGUACAAUAUUUUUUUAUAACGUUAUUAAUGUUAUUAUUCCAUAAUUUAAGGUUAAAUAUUGUUCGUUUGUUCUCAACUUUACUGGCUGUGCAUGUUAUUACUGUUUAGUAUUCCUUAGUAAAUGUUAGUGAUGUGAUAGUAUUUGACUCAUAUUUCGAUACCGUUUUUUGGGAAUCAAGUGAAGACGCCAUAUAGAUAAUGUAUAAGAUUAAAUUUUAGAAACGAAUUUUUAAUAGAUUUUAUGAUAAUCAUAGAAAAACACUGGUUUUUAAAUAAUUGUAUUAUUUAUGAAUACGGCUUUGGAAACUCUGCCAUAUUUUAUCAGUUCCAUUACAAAUUUAAGAAAAAACUUCAUUUCCAACUUCAAUUCUUCACUUCCAAAUUUUCAUUAAAAAUAUUCUGAAUAUUAGGCAUUGUGUAGAAAGUGUAAUUGAGAAAAAAAUCAUGUAUGUCAUUGUUUAUCUUCGUGAUAACUUAUUACGUCAGUUUUCUAAAUUAAGAUCAUAAUCGUAAUGUAAGUGCAGAAUUAUAAGCGCUAGAAUCAUUAAGUUUUAUCAUUCGCAAGUAAAUUGGUAAAAUUACAAAAGUUGAUACCAAAGAGGUAAAUUAAUAUUAUUUUAUUAUUUAAAUUUACCUCUUAAAUAUAAUAUUAUUAUUAAAAAACUGCACUUCAUUAUGAUAACCCUGUGGUUGUAUUAUCUCAGUACCUGGAAAUGAAUCUCAUUGUAAUGUGUUGUAAUACAUGUGUGACAAUUAAAUUGUA